AUGCACCUUGUUGUUUGCAAACAUGACGGCAACCGCAAAGGAACUGGCCGGUUUGGCCACUUGACCAACGGCACCUAUGAGACGUUUGUGCGGAACUUUGUAACCCAGCUUAAGAAGAAGCAUGCUGAGUUAAUGGCAGAGCACAAGGAAAUAGAAAAGACACUCGGGCACAUCGAGGACAUCUUGGUGGCCUCUGCCAAGCUGAAGAAAGACUUUCAACAUGAAACGGUGGUUCUUGAAGAGCGUAAACAAGGGGCGAUGCAGAUCCUCAUUCAGAUCGGACAAGACAAGGCGGUGGCCGAGCAACAGGUUCAUGCGCUCCAUCAGCAGAUGAAGAAGAUCAGGAAACUUCAGAAGCUUCUGCCAGAGUAUCAGCUGGCUCAUGAUAGAGCGGUGUACAAGUGUUCGGCCAUUGUCUUGAACAUUAAGAAGCUUGUAGGAGAGAUUGAUACUGACGCCUUGGGAGAGCUGCGUGCCAUGCAGAAGCCAGAUGUUGAUACAGAAGUCCUGAUGGCCUCAAUAAUCACAGUCCUGAAAUCCCCCUCUGCUGACUUGACCUGGUCAAAGGGAGCUAAGAGACAGCUGGCAAACCUGGAAAGAUUCCUGGAAGAGCUCAGUACUUUUAAUGAAAUACAAGUCAGGCCUUUACACAGUAAGGUGGAAGAGAUGACAGCUGGUUUAGAGCAAGCCGUUCAGAAGAUGAACACCCUACAGGCAAAAAAUAGUACACUUCUGAGACGUCUGGAUGAGCUGGAAAAGGGGUUUGAAGAAGCCUCCAUUGACAAAACUGACCAAGAGAGAAAGACAUCAGAGACUAUGAGCCAGCUGGAGUACCUUUCUUCACUAGCAGAGAUACUGCAGAUGGAGCACAACAAGUACUCUGUGGUUUCCAGCUCCCUCCCAGAGUGUGUGGAGUGGCCGCUGUGUCUGAAGGAGAGGGGUCUACUGUUCCUGAUUGACUCUGUUGAUCCUAUUCAAGGGAGAGUAACUGAUUUCUCCAUAGAAUUCUUCAAGGGAGACAGCGAGGAAACAAAGGAAACAGAUGUGAUAGCUGAUUGCAACCAAGAUCAGGAAGAUCAAAACCAGCAAGGAGUUAAACAAGAAGAUCCUGCAGUCACUCAGCCUGAAGUAGACGUAUGUAGCGACUAUGGGUCCUUUCCACAAGACCUCCCUGCUCCUGUCAUUACUGAGGAGCAUUACCCAGACUUCAUCAAAGCCUUGCUGAAGCUUAUAGUAGGACACAAGCAGGUCCAGGAGUGGAUAGCCAAAGAUUGGACGCUCCAUCAGAUGCAAAAUGCUGCUGUCCUGUUCACAUCCUGGCAGAAACCUCCUUUACUGAUUGACUCCAGUGAUGAAACAGAGAAGUGGCUCAAAGAGCUCCACAGCGCAUCUACUGUCAGUGUCAAACUUGGCGAGAGGCCAGAAAGCAGCGUUUUAUUAAACAUUGAGAAGGCAUUGCAGUCAGGAAGCAGUUUGCUCCUAUAUAACUACACCAUCAAGUGGGACGACCUCGUUCGACCACUGAUUGAGCACUGCAAUACAGCUACUGAGCAUAAUCUUCAACUGGGUUCUUCUAAUAUCAUCUGCUUGGAAGGCCACAGAUUGCUGUGCUCAGAUCAGUUUAGACUGUACAUCGCUACGUCCCGGUUCAGGACUGACAUAAACUGUGGAACAACCCUCAUAAACUACAGAGAGGGAGAAGAUACUCUGAGAGAUGUGUUAUUGCACAGGAUGUUUAGCAACACCCAAACCAAUCUUCAAGGUCAACUAAAGAAAGUAGCAAGGACCAUUCUGGACGCCCAGGACUCCCUGAGGCAGCUGGAGAUCAGGUUUAGAGAGUGUAUUAAUUCUUCACCCCAAAACUCUGAUGGAAUAGCAGACAUCUUCAAUGCUAAGAAUCAACUCUCUGAAAGACUACAGGAGUCUCAAUCGCUGUACAGCAGCCUUUCUCAGCUAAGGGACAAGUUGCUUCCUGUAGCCCACCGUGGUGCGCUCCUGUAUUCUAUCCUCCAGGCUCUCAGAGUCCUGGCUAGAGAAUAUCAGUUCCCUCUCAGCUAUUUUCUCUGCCUUUUUGACAAAGCUAUUGGGAACAGUGCUCUAGAAGAAGAUAGCCUCCAGGUUGAAGAUGCUCAGCAUCCUCAAGACAGAACUGGAUUGGAUCUUGAAACUGAAGAGGAAGGAAUCAAGGCCAGACAACAUCGAAAUCCUCUUCAUGGAAAAGGGUGUCUUUCCCACUUUGCUGGUCCCUUGAUAUCACAACCAAGAAUAUACAGAACAGAACUGUACCACCAACGAUAUGAAGAUAUAAGUUAUCUUCUGUGCAACAAACUUCAAUCUAACUUGGUGGAUAGUAGGAUUGAUGCCUCUCUAACAGACCCAGAGCCCCCAGCAGAAUCACUGUCUACACAGUUUGAAUCCAUGGAGGUAAUCCGCAGCCCUCAGGAACCUGCGAUUCUCAGUCCCGGAACCAAGGAGCACAGCCUCUCAGCCAAUCAAAUCAGCCAGCUGGUGGAUCAACUGACUGAAACGGUUUACCAAGCAAUAAAUCAGAGUCUGUAUCCCGAACACAGCCUGGUGUUCUCUGCUAUGCUCACUUUAUAUAUCCAGCUGCAGAGUGGAGGUUCACUCAGUGAGGAAGAACUGGCCCUCCUCUUUCAAGGCUUCCAAGGCUGUGGCAGUGUUGCUCUGACACUGAAUGACUUUGGCUCUGAUGCUGACCCCCCAGCCUGGCUUCCCCCAGAGAGAUGGGAGGGCUUGCUGGGCCUGUCUGUUUUACCUGGUCCUCUGGACAGUGUUUGUGUGCAGGCAGCGGAGAGUUCCACUGAGUGGGAGACAUGGUACAAUUCAGACCACCCGGAACUGGAAACACUACCAUUGGCAGCACAGGGAUUUACAGUGGAGAAUGUUGACGAUGCCCCUGGGAGUUCUGGAAUCCCGGGCUUGGCCUCAGAGUUUCAGAAGCUCCUCGUCCUCCGCACUCUCCGUCCUGACCGCCUGACAGGCGCUCUGUCCCUCUACAUCAAGAGGCAGAAGAACAGCAGUGUGCAGGCUAGACCAUAUCCAACAGUUAGUGAUAUUGCAGAUCUUGCAGUAGACUCUCUUGGGAUUCUUGUUCUCCUUCCAUCAGGAUUAUCACAUGCUAAAGGUCCCUCUAAUGUGUGUUUAGCGAGGAGUGUCCAGCAUGCAACUGUCAUAUGCAUCGCUGCCAAGGAAAGAAGCAUCCCUGUAUCUGUAGCAACUAUAAAAGAAGAUUUUCAAGGUUACAUCGAAACAGCCUUGGAUGACAUGGUGGAACAGGAUGGCUGGCUGAUCCUUGAGAAUCUGCAUUUAGCAUCCUCAGACUUUAUAUGCAGCCUCUAUGAGAAGCUGAUUCGAGGCAGGAAAAAGCAGAACAACAAGAGGCAGUUUCGUGUGUGGCUUACUUCAGAGCUUGAAGCCCCAUUUCCACACCAGUUCAUUUCAGAGCUCCACAAAGUAUCAUGGCACAUCUUAAACUUUGGACAAGUAUCAAAAAAGACAGAAGCAACAGAUCUGCUUACACAUGGACCUCAGAGAGGGUUGAUACCCAUGGCAAUUGUGUCAGCUCUGAACCACAUCAGAAAUGAACCCUGUGGUGAAGCGCAUUCCCUCCCGAUGAUAGUUCGCUGCCUCUGCUUUGGUGUGUGUGUUCUGCACGGGAUGAUGGAGGCAUUGCAGUUUCUGCCUGUCUCCGGGCUGAAUCAGGUGUACCCUGUGAGUUACACACAGCUUCAUCAGGCUAUUGAUGUUAUCAUUUCCAGUGGUCAGCAUUUGCAAAGUUCCAGUGAAAGUUCAGUUCAAAUCCUCACUAAGAAAAUAGCCACAAUCUACACUAACCUUGUCACAAACCCUGAGGAUUCCAUCUAUGUUCAGUCACUGGCUACUGAAAUAUUACCCCAGUGUCUUCAACCAAAAGGAGAAAUUUCAGUUGGCGAGUUUACUGUCCCUGUCCCACCAGACACCGUCGAUCCUGCUGAGUUCUCCUUCUGGCUUUGCGACAGGCUGCCUGAGUGUUCAAAUUGCACUGGGCUGGCUCUGCACAACAGCACUGAAAAGACAUGCCAUCAAUCAAGUUCUGUUGAGCUGCUCCGCUCUUUAUCUGAGGUCUACAAAGCUCUGCAGUGUGGUCUUCCACCAGCAGACCAGGAAGACUCCAUCAUUCCCACAGGACUGUCAGCCUCUCGCCUCGCUGCAGGUCUCAUAUCUGAACAACUCCCCUUAGAGCUUUCACAGCCAGAUGCUAGCAGCCCAUUCGAACCAUUCCCUUCAGUGCCCAGCACGACCAAAGAGGAGGACACUGAAGAAUCUGAGGCUGUAAGACAUGCCCUGCUGCAGGAAUGCUCUUGGCUGAACCGUUCCCUCUGUCAUAUCCGGCAGCAGGUCAGCGGGCUGGAGAAGUCCUUGCUGACGGACACCUUGGCUCUGCCAGAUCAUCUGGCAGAGGUCGCAGAAUCCUUAAAGAAGGAUGAGGUGCCGGGAUCAUGGCUUCACCCUUACUGUCGGCCAAGCACCCACACGCUUUCAACUUGGAUACAAGAUUUAAAGAAGAGGCACAGCCAGUUAAAACAGUGGGUCGAGGAAGGAAUGGUUCACCAUGGAGAGAAAACAGCAGGAAACAGAAUACAAUCAGUGUGGCUGGGGGGGCUGCUCAAUCCUGAGGGCUUGAUUAUGGCACUGCAGCACGCAUAUGCAGCAGCAAAUGGAUGCUUACUUGACGAGAUUGCUCUGAGCUGUCACAUCUCUAAGAGCCCCGAACACACAGCCCAGCCUGAAUCCCAGCAAUGUCAGCUGAUCCUAGAAGGCCUAGAUGUGUUUGUUCCACUCCCUUAUGUCACUGUGAAGCCAGUCCUGCGAACAGCUGAGAUGAGUGAAGACAGAGCUAAGCUCUUUGAGUGUCCUGUGUAUAGGAACACCACCAGACAGCCACUGAAGGGGGUCUCUGACGCAACAGGCAAAGGAAGCCAGCUGGAAUUGUUCAGAGAUAAAGCAAUAACUCUGGGUCAAAAGCCACCGUCUGUGCAAUCUGUAGACCCAAACACAGAGGAUUAUCCCGUCCCGAGGGAUUUCGAGGAAGAGGAAGAGGAAGAGGAAGAGACAGGGGAAGAGGAGUCAAGGACGUUUUCUGACGGGGGGAAUAAGAAUUUAGUAGCUGAAGACGAGCCACAGCCCAGGGAAGAGGAUUUAGAUUCAAGCUCUGAGGAAGACAUGGGUGAGGAGCCGAAGCAAGAGAUGGGUGGUUACCAGGGCAACAGAGAAGAAGCAGAUGAAAAAACUAAUAAUGAGGAGGAUGAUGCAGUGGAGAAACUGGAAUCUGAUUUACAGGCUCCUGUAGAGGGGAGAGGAGGGAACAAAGCUCCUAGCGAAAAUGAUAGAGAUAAUGAAUUCAAGUUUUACUGA